UUGUAUUCUUCAGAUGUCAGCAAACCUGAAAAUAUUCUCAGAGAAGCUGAAACAGUUCUUCACAUUGAUUCAUAUUUACAAUAGAUUCUAUCCGGUUAAGAUUCAACAUGACGAACGUAAUUCUACUAACAGCAUUGAUGUACACGGUAACAUUUGCUGCUCCAGCGCAACUACAGUCUAAAGAGGACGUUUUUAUUUUAUGUGAUGGAAGUCCUGCAGAUAUUUUCUUCCUGCUGGACAGUUCCUCUAGUAUCUGGGAAGAAGACUAUAAAAAACAGCUUAAAUUUAUCCAGACGAUUGUCGACUACUUCCCGGUAUCAUCUACAGCCACACGAUUUGGAGUUGGUGUGUUCGCCGACCGUUACAAACAAGUGAUUGACUUCGAUGGUUUUGACAAUUCUGACGACCUCAAAAUCGCUAUCGGUGAGAUUAAAAAAGGUCUCGGAGACACUCAGACUGGUCGUGCCCUUAGACAAGUCAGGAAGCAGGCCUUUAGCCAGGCUAGGCCGGAGGGACAUGUGUUAGUUGUGCUGACGGACGGAGUGUCAAGAAAUACCAGGGAGACCAGAAAAGAAGCUGCCAUUCUGAAGGCACAGGGCAUCCAUGUCUUCGCUAUUGGGAUAGGGAAGGCUUCAGAUACGAAAGAGCUUGAGGCUAUUGGCAGUGAGCCAAAGGAGACAUACGUACAAAAAGUAGCAGAUUUCAACGUUUUGAAUAAAAUACGCACAAGACUAGCCUUCCAAGUUUGCAAAGCACCCCGACCUGAGCCCUACUGCAGCGCUGGUAUGAACACCGACGUAAUGUUUGCUUACGAUGCUACCAGUAUGGGGAACAAGGAAUGCCAGACGGGUUCAGAAUUUCAUUGGUGACACCAUUCAGAACUUCGCCAACAUGGACGAUGGAACAAUACAGACUGGUGUCGUGUCUGGGCAAUGUGACGGAGACAACGUCAACCUUGGCGCAUUCAACGACAAAGAGUCAAUGGCUUCCUAUGUGAGGAACAGUGAUUUCCGAGGGGUCAACGAGAUUGUACGAGAUUUACAUGAAAACAGCUAUCAGGCAGCAAGAGGUGGACGGGAAACAGCGAGACGGAUAUCUGUUGUCAUUGUAGAUGAAAAUGUCGAAAAAAUCAAACAUUUGGAGAGAGAAAUGAAAAUCGCAAAGUCGAAGAAAGACAUCCAGUUUGUUGUAAUUGCUAUUGGUGAAAGCCCCGAGUUCAAUGUCCUAAAGCCUCUUGUGAUGAAACCAACUGAUUCUUACUUCAUCAAUGUCCCGUCUCACAACGACAUAGAUGACAUCAAGGACCAAUUUGUAGAUAGUUUAUGUGAAGGUUUCAAGGUGCCUAACCCUAAAGGACCUAAUAAGAAAUAUUACGAUAACUUUGAGGACAUCGUCCCGAUAAGCAACCUGAUCAUCGAAUCCUAGACUGGAUAUAACAUAAUCGCAAUGUCUUCCAUUGUGUUUUGUCCUAUAACUUUUGAUGAUUCAAGAAAGACGAGUUUGUCUUAGUCGUUGUGAAGCUCCAACAUCUAUAGAAAUAUCGACCACUUUAUCACCGUAUGUUAUCGUCUAUCCAUACCUAGUAUUCCAUGCGAUUUGUGACGAGGAGAGAUAGACGAUAAAGAAAAGCAAAAUUGAAAGGAAAAUACAGAUGGAGCACAUAGAGACACACAAUAGCAAAGCCGCAUACUGAUCAAGAGACACUUCUAGAGAGAGAAGGGAAGAGAGGUAUGAGAGACACAAUAAGAGAUAAAAGCGAAAACGUGAUAUUGCCAUAGAAGGACACAGUAAAUUAAGAGAGAAUUUCCUGUUAACACGUGCCAAUUUUACUGAAACAACGGAUCCAUUUUAUAUGUAUUGUUAUGUUAUUUGGCAUUUUUGCCUGUCUGUACGUUUUAUAUUUACAUUGGUUGUCUGAUAUUUCCGACCAGAAAAGUUGUUAUUCAAUAAAAUUUAUUUUUAAAA